AUGGCUGAGUCCGAGUCACUCCUCACACCCAAACAGCAGGAGGACUAUGCCGUGGAGUCCCAGUUCUUCGGCUGGCUUGUCACCUUCGACCAAGUUGCCGACAUCAACCUUCGUAUAGAUCGCAGUCCCUUGACCCAUAAGGACCUUGAUUGGUGGGAGAAGGCUGCCUGUGGAGGCGCACUCACCUGGAAGCUGAAACAAUUGACCGACAUCGAGACCAUUAAAGUCAGGUCUGCUUAUGCAGACUACGACGUGGACCCGGCACACUUUCUCCUGUUGAGCGAUUACGACAGCAAGGAACAAAGUACACAAAAAGUACAAUACAGACAUGACUACUAA